UGAAAGAGGGGAGAAGCCAUCUAUAGAAAGUGUUUUCGGUUUCAUGGAUGUGGGUGCUUUUUGUGAUGUUUUCUGGUUGUUGUUAAUACAAAAGUGCUUAAAUUAAAAUAAAUAUUUAGAGAAGUAAGUAGAUUAUUUUAAUCAAGUGUUCAAAAUUGCGAACAGCAUCAUGGUUAAUCGAGUUCAAAAUAAGUUUGCUCGUGGAGACAAGGUGUUUGCAAAAGUUCGAGGUCACCCGCCAUGGCCAGCCAAAAUUGAAGAAAUCUCUGAAGAUAACCAUAAACAUCCAAAGUUUCAUGUAUCCUUUUAUGGAACUCAAGAAACCGCCAUUUGCAAACUUGAAGAACUUUUUGAAUAUUCAGAAAAUAAAGAGAAAUUUCGCGCAAAGACAACAAAACGAAAAAACUUUAUUGAAGGUUUGGAACAAUUGGAAGCGGAUUUAAAAAAUGAUUCACCAACCGCUGCACCUCCAACCAAAGAAAAGAAAGCAGUUGUUCCAGUAGAAGAAACAAAAAAAGUUAAUUCUCAAAUUGAGCCAGUUAACACUGAUAGUGAUGCGGAAUUAGGAAAUUUGGUCAUUGACGAAGGCGAAAAGAAAAAACCAUUGAAGAGAAAAUCAAUGGCUACAGUAAAUACACCAGAUGUUCCGGAAGCAAAAAAGAAACGUGGACGGCCAAAGGAAAAUACGCCAAAGCAGCAGGAGACAACUAUUGAAGUGCCUGCAGAGGAAGUGCAAGAGAAGGAAAAAGAAAAAGAAGUCGUCAGUCGAAGUGGACGAAAAAUUAAGCCGAAACGUUUUGCUGAUUCUGAUGGUGUAGAAACUGAGAAAAAUGAACAUCAUCCAGGACGUGGAAGGCCAAGAAAAAUUGAAGAAGCGAUAGACAAUCAAAAUUCCACACCUGCCGCUAUCACCAAAAAGCGACUUACAGUGGAAAGAAAGAGUAAUGUCAGUGAGUUACCAAGUGAUGCAAUUAUUACAUCAUCAACACCAGACAAGACGGGUCGCUUUCUUCCUGCGCGUACAUUUUCUGGGGAAAAUGUUGGAAUUAAACUUGAUUUAAAUCGACCGCUGUCAUUUGCAAAUGAUAAAGCUCAAGAACAAUGGGAAACGACAAACGCACGAAAGGCUAUGAAAUUGAAGGCUCAAUUGGAAAGUGGAGAAAUUUUUCCCGAACAAGUUAAAGAUCGUUUGGAUUUUAAUGUUCAAGUUCCACUUGAUGGAAAACGUCCCCUUGCUAAGGAUGGAAAUAAUAAACAAAAUAUCAAAUUAAAAUGGUUGCGCAUUGAAUCUCAACUUUUAGAAUUAGAUGCGCAAAUCAAAUCAAAUUUGGGACUUGAUAAAGCCAAUGCCGAUCAAUGUUUACAAGCUAUGGAUGUCAUGCUAAAUCUUUCAAUUGAUCCAUUAAUGUUAAAGAAGCAUCCUCAAAUCGUCGAAACUAUUAAAAGGCUACGAAGAUACAUUGGCAAUUUGUCAGAUUGGAAGCUAAACGAUGAGGAAACGAUAAUUUUUAAGCAAAAGGCCGAACAGAUUAGACAAAAAGCAGAGCACAUAUAUAAUAAAUUUAAGGCAAUGUUCACGAUUCGCGAGGGUCAAACAUUUUGGCAAUCAUUUUCUGAUCAAGUCGAUCAUUUUAAAGAACUGACGAAGGAUAUGUCUGAGGAAAAAAUAUUUUCUCUUACACAAGAUCCUGCGACCACAAUUAAAAAGACAGCUUCUAAUGUUUCAUUGACAGCCGUGUCAAUGAUUGAAGAUGACAGUAUUCUUGCGGAAGCUGAAACAAAAGAGGGCGAGAAUGACAAUGACGAAAAGAAUUCAACAUCAAUUGGUUCGGAAAGCAAGUAACAUUAGGUUAAACUUUGUGUCACUGGUUAUACCUCAACAUUUGAAUUAUCACAACUAAAAAAAAAAAGAAACUAAAAAAACAAACACGAGGACUUGUGAAAGUGACAAGAGUAUAGAAGUAUUUUAGAAAUUUCAUUUCAAGAAAAAGGCACACAGUGCAUGUAUAAUAAUACUUCUUAGUAUUGUCCAUUUCAACUCCUAAGAAUUUAAUUAUAUAUAAAUAUAAAUAUAUAUAUUCUUUGAUAUAAAUUAUUAUACAUUUCAAAGAUUCGAAUUGAAUCAACAUAAAGAAAGAGAGAGAAAGGGAGAGAGAAAAAAAAGAGGAAAAUAGUACUUGAUAAUUAAGAAUCCAGUGAUCAAUGAUACAAGAAAUUAUUUUCAUUCAUUAUUAUUACGUAUACAUUUUUUUUUAUCAUUAUUAUAUUGUAUUGAUAAAAGUUUUUAGUUCGUUCAUUAUAUUCCCAAAUAAUGUACAUACAUUUGGAGUAAGGAAGUUAAAAGAAUUUUUUUUUUGUAAAAAAAAGACAAUGUAAUUUGAUCAUAUAGAAAAAAUAUACUCCAAAUUUCAUUGCACUUCAAAUGGCUAAUUGUCGUUAGAAAUUAAAAAUUAAUUUUUCUUUUUAAAUUAGAAUUUUGUCAAUUUCAACAAGAAACUGACAAUAAUUCUUUUUUUUUUAUAAAUACAAAUACAAAUACGAAAAAAGGUUAGUUAAGAAAUAUAUUUUAUAUUAUUUGUAAAACGUAGAUAUAUAAGUUCCAUUUUUAUUAUUGAAUAAAAACUCAAAACAAAAAAAAAAUUAUGACAACUCAUCUUGAGGUGCUUUGAAAGUGUUUGAAAAUUUUCGAAUAAAUGUAUUGCUUCAGAAAGUACACUUAAAUAUUUCAAUGAUAUUAUAAUUAUAUUUUAUCAUUAAUUCAGUUGGAUCUUCUUCUUUGUGAGAUGUAUUUUAAAAAAGAAAAAUAUUUUACCUUUAAUUAUAUGAUAGUAAAUGUUGUAAUGUGUUUUAAUUUAAUGCGCAUAUUUUCCAACAUUUUUCAUGAAUCAAGGUUUAUUAUUCCAAUAAAACAUGCACGCGUCGAGUAAUUGUAAUACAAAUAUUUUGAAUAAAAAAAAAACCAGGUACAAAGGUA